AAUAUCCAAGGUAUCUCCAAGCACCCGAUUCAGAUUACUAAACCUAAAAAUUUUAAAGGUAAAGACGACGCGAUUCUCACGAUCACCCCGAGGGCCGUGUUUGUUUCAUCUGAAGGCCACACCUUCCUGGCAGCAGACUUUUCACAGAUUGAAUUGCGCAUUCUUGCACAUUUAUCUGAGGAUCCAGAACUUUUGAAGUUAUUCCAAGAAUCUGAAAGAGAUGAUGUAUUUUCUACCCUGACUUCACAGUGGAAGGACAUUCCCGUGGGACAUGUGACACAUGCAGACAGAGAGCAGACCAAGAAGGUGGUGUACUCGGUGGUCUACGGAGCAGGGAAGGAGCGGCUUGCUGCUUGCCUUGGAGUUGCUGUUGAGGAAGCUGCCCAGUUUUUGGAGAGUUUUCUGCAGAAGUAUAAGAAAAUCAAGGACUUUGCCCGAGCAGCUAUUGCCCAGUGUCAGCAGACAGGCUCUGUGACAUCUAUCAUGGGCAGAAGGAGACCUCUGCCGAAGAUCCGGGCACAGGACCAGCAGCUCCGGGCCCAAGCAGAGCGGCAGGCGGUGAACUUCGUGGUGCAAGGCUCGGCCGCCGACCUCUGCAAGCUCGCCAUGGUCCGCAUCUUCGCUGCAGUGGCCUCUUCCCCCACCUCGACAGCCAGGUUGGUUGCCCAAAUUCAUGACGAGCUGCUGUUUGAGGUAGAAGACUCACAGAUCACAGAGUUUGCAGCCCUUGUCAGGGGCACCAUGGAGUCCUUGCAGCAGGUGCGGGCUUUGGAGCUGCAGCUGCAGGUGCCCCUAAAGGUGAGCUUGAGUGCCGGCCGCUCGUGGGGACACCUGGCGCCACUGCAGCAGGCCUGGGCCCUCCACUUGGACCAACUCGCACUGAGUCUCCCAGCAACAGCCCGGCCACUUCUGGGCCCCUCGUUGGCACCCACCCUCUGUGUGUGCAUUUUUCGCCUUCAUUUUGUUCGUAGCCCCAGGCAACAGUGGGGGUAGAGAACCGGUUUCCACCAGCCCACUGUGUGGCCUUCCCCAAGGUCACCAGCUUUGAACUGGCUCCAGGACUCAGUGCGGGGCCACAUUAACCCCUUGGAGUUGGGGCUUCCUGGUCCUGAGAGUAAAUGCCUAUGCGAAGCUGCCUCCUCCUUGUCUGAGUGA